UUUCGAUCUCCCCCAACUGUCCCUUCAUCGGACAAACCGAACCUCCCCUGCUGUCACCCCUGAUCCGUUAUGACCCCUUCUCGGACCUGAUCUCGUACCAAGUUUUGGUUCUUUCCGACCGCCGCCAUGGCCGGAAGCAACGACGUCGACGCCAGUGAUUCCAAGAAGGUUGUUCCACUCAACACUUGGAUUCUGAUUUCCAAUUUCAAGCUUGCUUACAACUUGCUUAGAAGGGCAGAUGGCACUUUCAACCGUGAUUUGGCCGAGUUUCUCGACCGGAAAGUCCCCGCGAACACUAUUCCGGUGGACGGUGUCUACUCGUUUGAUGUCGUGGACAGGGCAACCAAUCUGCUGAACCGGAUAUAUAGACCCGAACCGGAGGAUGAAUCGGAUUGGGGCAAGGUGGAGCUCGAGAAGCCCCUGAGCACGACCGAGAUCGUGCCCGUGAUCGUCUUCUUCCACGGCGGGAGCUUCACGCAUUCCUCCGCCAACAGCGCGAUCUACGACACGUUUUGCCGCCGGGUCGUCAAGAUCUGCGGGGCCGUCGUCGUUUCGGUCAACUACAGGCGGUCGCCCGAGCACCGGUACCCGUGCGCGUACGAUGACGGGUGGACCGCGCUGAAUUGGGCCCACUCGCGGCCGUGGCUGAAGAGCGGGCCCGACAGGCGGGCCCACGUGUACUUGAUGGGCGACAGUUCCGGCGGGAACAUUGCCCACCAUGUCGCGGUCCGGGCCGCGGAGUCGGGCGUGGACGUCUCGGGGAACAUACUCCUGCACCCGAUGUUUGGAGGGCAGAAGAGGACCGAAUCCGAGACGCGUUUGGACGGGAAGUACUUCGUCACGGUCCAAGACCGUGACUGGUACUGGAGGGCCUAUUUGCCCAAAGGCGAAGACCGGGACCACCCGGCGUGUAAUAUAUUCGGGCCCCGAGGAAUCAACCUCGGGGGUCUGGAUUUCCCGAAGAGUCUGGUCGUCGUGGCCGGGCUCGACGUUUCCCAAGAUUGGCAAUUGGCAUAUGUUGAAGGACUUAAAAAGUAUGGGCAAGAUGUGAGGCUCUUGUUCCUAAAGGAGGCGACCAUUGGGUUCUAUUUCUUGCCCAAUAACGACCAUUUCGUUACCCUCAUGGAGGAAAUAACCAAUUUUAUCCAUCCAUAUCCAUCCUUUAGCAAUUUAGCAUGUCCAGAAAGCUCUUGACCCGGGUUUCGGGCCCGGAUCAUCGAUCUAAUUAUCCGGAUUUAGAAGUAGCAACCCACCGUGUGAGUGGGUUUUAUAUAUGCUUAUUUUGUUCUUAUAAAGAAAGCCUAAUUUUAGUAAUAUAUGGAUCUGGGAGAGUCCAUAAACAUAUAGAUUUGUCUAUGGGUAUGUAAUGUAUAUAUUUGUGCUUUAGAAAUAUAUCAUUUCUUCAAGUUUCCAUUUACUUAUUAUUAGCUCAAAACUUUGGGUACUUUAUGGAAUAUUGUACUCCCUCCGUCCAAUAAAAGACUUUGAUUAUG